GAUCUCUGUUGAAAUUGUGAAGAAAUACAGUUUUUUAGGUUUCAUUGGAGAGAUACAGUAGACUUAUCAUGCCUUGGACAAAGGGUGUUUUACUUCUCAUGAUGGCUGUGAUGUCAUUUAGUUCUUCAAUGGCUGGUCCAGAGGCCUUUUCUGAAACUGGUGCUAAUGGAGCAGUCUCUGGAGACACAAUCCAUUUUGGCAAACUUUUAAUUGGUGGUCAAAGUGCAGUACUUGAUAAGAAAGAUGCAUCCAGACUUACUUCAACAGAUCAAUCAAAUGAAGAAGACCGGUUCCGACUGGCAAGAGCUAAACUGCAACGACUGGGUCCUUCUCUACAGUGUGGAAAUGAUUCGAUGACCUUAAAUAUUAAAGGACACAGAACACCACACUUUCUGGUUGAGAGAGGAGAGGGGUCACCAGUGUCUUUAUCUGAGAUGCCAGCCAGCUGUGGGUUCUCACUGAAGCGGGCACGCAGGGAUGUCUCUCUUGUUGCUCCAUACACUGGAUGUAACGUCAGACAACAGGGUGGUAGUUAUGUGCUGCCACUAAUUAUAAUGGGGGCUCCAGUGCAAAUGUCCUGUCCUGUGAGUCCUAGCCUUCCUGUGGUGUCCUGCACCUCCUCUGGGAUGAUCAUCUCAUUUGGUGUCAGAGCAGAUGAUGUUCUUGUUAAAGUUUCUGGAUCAUGGGUGCCGCUCCCUCUGACAUCCUCCAUGUGCUCAUUUACUCUGGAUACUGUUGGUGGCUCAAUGGUGUUGACUGCACCAUUUACAGGAAGCUGUUGGGAUAGUCAGGACACCGACUGGAACUUGCCUUUUCUGUUGGGAGACCGAGAAGUGGUUCUUUCCUGCCCGAAGACAACGGACUCCACACCAACCGUUCCUCCCACACAAUAUCCACUAGGGUAUCCAUAUUUCCAGUUUGGAUACCCCUGGUGGUACCCUAACUGGAACCAGGCUCCUGCUGCACCACCUACAACUCCUGCUCCAGUUCAAGCCCCUGUUUAUAAUCCAUUUCCAAUGUAUUACCCCUAUUACUAUGGAGGUUUCCCUCCACGACGAAGGCACCAUCAUCGACACUGGUACCCUCAGUCUCAAGAGUCCUGGUACCCUCAGUCUCAAGAGUCCUGGUACCCAAUGCUGCCUCCUUAUGAACUCCCACAAUUCCAACCACCUCCGCCGCCCACCACAGCUGCCCCCGUGUUUCAACCCUAUCCGCGUUUUCCAAUGCCAUUUAACCCUGGUUUUAAAAACCCCUUCUGGCCUCCGGUACCUCAGUCUGUCUCUAAUUCUCAAAUUCCUGUUUCUCCUUUGUCCAUCUGGUCUCGUAAACAAAAGAGAUGAAUGUAGAGGUGCUCUAAUGCUGCAGGAAUUGAACUGUUGUAACUCAUGCAAGCCUAAUAAAGCCUCUUGAGACCAAAUUUGUUUCCUGGCUUUCCU